GAGCCGAGCUCUGUGCUACAUGCAUUAAACAUGACAUGUAUCGCUAUGUGUAUGGUAGUAGCUGGGACUUAAAACGAAAAUGCUCUUCACAGGUGUAGACAGGUUGUAUUCUGUGCUGAGCCACACAUCACUGAGGAGAUUUGAACCUUCAUUUAAUCUGUGACAGGAAUAAUGUGGCUGCAAAACAUUGUGCUUUGCGGUAAGAAACAUGGUAUGAAUAAUUAUAUGCAUAAUAAUUUAAAUGAAUGAUUUUUCUAUCAUAUAAAUAUUGAAACAAAUCACUCAGAACCAUAUUCUUAAAUAAUUUAAUUAAGCCGUAAUCUUUUAAAGAGAGUGACAUUUAACUAGAUUAACUAAAUAGUUGAAAUAAAGCAUUCUGUUCUCACAUGAGUUCCCAUUUCCUUCCCCCUCUUUAUAUAUUUCAUGACUUUUAUUACGUUAUAAAUAUUAAUCAACAAUAGGCUGCUUAGGGAGAUGCUGAAGAUCAGAAAGCAUCAUUCUAAGGGGAAAGGGGCUGGCACUUUAAUCAAAGAGGUCUUAGGAUAUUCUAGUAGGUGCUGCGCAUGGCGGCUGCAGCCAAUCGUGGCACUCGAGAGUGCUUAUUGGCUGGGCUGUGGGGGAUGUCUGGCUUCCAUCGGUAGGGGGUUACUCUCUCCGCUCCAUCCGUCCAUUCAGCCCCCACAGUCAGCAAAACACACGUUAGAGCGCAGGUCCACGGCAAGCGAAUCCUGCAGAGCUCCGUGUAUGUGUGUUGAGUGUGUGUGUGUGUGUGUCAGAGUGUCAGGAGGAGAGAGAGACAGCGUGGACUAGCUGCUUCUGAACCACUGCAGGAGCACUAAAUCUGGGACUGUCACAGAUACUGAAGGAGAGAGAGAAAGAACGCUUAUCUAGCACCACAGUUAUGGAGACUCAUCUCUGCUGUCCACCAGCGGAUCAAACUAGAAGCAAAGGACAGAAAAGUCAGCCGCCGUAUUGACUUUAAUCUUCUGCUGGAAGAAGGAGAUUAUAUUCCCUAUCAGUUUGCUCUCAGAAGGUGAAGAUUAGGAGUGGAUUUUCCCUUUCUUUCUUUCCUUUUUUUUUUCUCUUCUGUUUCAGUUAAUUGCUGUGCUUUUGGGGGCUCCUCACCCUCUUCACAAGUCGUCACCUCUCUCAGAUCCUUCCUUUCCUUCCCAACAUCUUCUCUGCAUGCUUUUCCACUGCUCUGCAGGUGAACACACUCAUGGUGGAUGCCAAGGGAAGGAACAUGAAAUGUCUGACGUUCUUGUUGAUGCUUCCAGAGUCAGUUAAGAGCAAGUCCAGUAAAGGCUCCAAAAAGGGGAGUCCCAGCAGCUCGUCCAAGCUGCCCCCUGUGUGCUAUGAGAUCAUCACCUUGAAAACCAAGAAGAAGAAGAAGAUGGCAGCGGAGAUCUUUCCCACUAAGAAGCCGGCGUCGACCACCACCGUGCAGCAGUACCAGCAGCAGAACUUGAACAACAACAACACCAUCCAAUGCUGCAACUGGCAGGGUCUCUACUCCACCAUCAGGGAGAGAAAUUCUGUGAUGUUCAAUAAUGAACUGAUGGCUGACGUUCACUUUGUUGUCGGUCAGUCCGGAGGGACUCAGAGGCUCCCGGGACACAAGUAUGUCCUUGCUGUGGGAAGCUCUGUUUUCCAUGCCAUGUUCUAUGGAGAGUUGGCAGAAGACAAGGAUGAGAUCCGUAUCCCUGAUGUGGAACCUCCAGCCUUUCUGGCUAUGCUUAAGUACAUUUACUGUGACGAAAUUGACUUGAGUGCCGACACCGUACUGGCAACAUUAUACGCAGCCAAAAAGUACAUAGUCCCACACCUGGCUCGGGCCUGCGUCAACUUCUUGGAAACAAGUUUGAGUGCGAAGAAUGCAUGUAUUCUUCUGUCUCAGAGCUGUCUGUUUGAAGAGCCAGACCUAACGCAACGCUGCUGGGAAGUCAUUGACGCUCAGGCUGAGCUGGCACUUAAGUCUGAAGGCUUUUGUGACAUUGACGCUCAGACCUUGGAGAGCAUCCUCAGACGGGAGACUCUGAACGCUAAGGAGAUUGUAGUGUUUGAAGCGGCACUAAGCUGGGCAGAGGCCGAAUGCCAGCGGAAAGAGAUGAACACAAGUAUUGACAACAAACGCAAGGUAUUGGGCCAAGCCGUCUACCUGAUCCGUAUCCCAACCAUGGGUCUUGAUGAUUUCGCAAACGGUGCUGCACAAUCAGGAGUGUUAACGCUGAACGAGACCAAUGAUAUUUUCUUAUGGUACACGGCGGCUAAGAAACCCGAGCUGCAGUUUGUCAGCCAACCUCGUAAGGGAUUGACGCCACAGAAGUGCCACCGCUUCCAGUCGUGCGCCUACCGCAGCAACCAGUGGCGUUAUCGCGGACGCUGCGACAGCAUUCAGUUUGCCGUCGAUAAGCGUGUGUUUAUUGCCGGUUUCGGACUUUAUGGCUCAAGCUGCGGUUCUGCUGAGUACACCGCCAAGAUCGAGCUCAAACGGCAAGGGGUUGUCCUGGGAACCAACCUUAGCAAGUACUUUUCAGAUGGAUCCAGCAACACCUUCCCCGUUUGGUUUGAGUAUCCGGUUCAGAUCGAGCCUGACACUUUCUAUACAGCCAGUGUAGUUCUGGAUGGAAAUGAACUGAGUUAUUUUGGACAAGAGGGUAUGACAGAAGUUCAGUGUGGGAAGGUGACCUUCCAGUUUCAGUGCUCUUCGGACAGCACCAACGGCACAGGUGUGCAGGGCGGCCAGAUUCCAGAGCUUAUUUUCUAUGCCUGAGUUUCCCCUGGGACAACAAAAAAACUGCCCACCUUACCAGUGUGAAAUAGCUUUACAUACAAUAUCUGUUUUUCUAUUACAUGUCAGAAUUCAACUCCUCCAAUGAUGCCAGCUCAAGCAAACUGAGGCAUAACAGGCAUUACAAGGGUUUUGUUUUGAGCUGUUAGUGGUUUUUCGGGGGCUGUCAAACCGUGAACAGUUACACUGUAUUUCCUCCUUGUCUUAAAAGUGAAUUAAAUUUUUCGUGCUCUGCAUAACGCUGCACCUGUUUACAAAGUAAAUCUAAUUUUAAUGAUAUGGGAGUCGUUGUCUAAGCUCCUAACUGGAUGCCACAGCCUGGCUGUUGCUCAUUAUCUUAAUUGAUUUAAAAUACUUCUGGUUCAUUUAAUUUCAGAGGGAAUAUUGUGCAUUGUACAGUAUAUAUUUAAAUGUGUGAAGUAAAUUAUAAAUAUAUAUAAAUAUACUAUAUUAUCACUCCAUGGCUACAUCUGUUUACAAUGACUAUGCCAUGUUAGUGAACGCUUGCACAUGUAUAUUGUAGCAAUAGUGAACAAAAUUCUCAUGAUAACAGUCUAACUCCAGCAUUUCUCCACAUCAUGUUUCAAGGCAAUCAAAAACCUAACACCAAAGUCACCAUAACUACUUUUUGAUCAGCAUCAUCAAGCACAGAUUGUUUAGAGUAAUCACAUCAUUUAGAUUUAGAAACAUCCCUCCAUUCUUUGCAUCAGUCAUAUUGAGGAAUAUAAACUAUAAAAUGUUUUUGAUCUUAAACAUAUGUAGAGUUUGCACUGGAAUAAACACUUUUCAUUUCAAAGUCUUUGACACUGCAGUAGACCUUAGUCAAGGUAGACGUUGUACUAUUUAAUGUUACGAAAAUGAAAAAGAGACUGUGAGGGACAGAUGUUCUGUUCAAUGAGUUAUAAUGCGUUUAAAUUCGACUUUGACAAAAAAUGUGUCUAAUUAGACAUGGCAUAGGACCUUAUAAGGCAGUACAUGAUUUUGGACUGUACGUCUGUCCCAAACCGUUUCCAUUCUCGGAAGAUUAAUAUAGCCAGACUGAGGUCAGUGGAAUCAAAUGUACAGUGAACUGCUUCAUGUUGUAUUAUAUUCAGCAGAAUGAACAUCCUAAAUAUUUAUCUUACAAUAAAAUGUCGCUGGGUUCUAUGAAACUUGGCUUAUUUGAUUAACAGUUCACCAGUCUUUUUCAUGCCGGUUUUGUACAGUGCACUAAGAAACUAACAAAUAUGUUACGGUUAAUUUAGCUGAAAUAACAGGUUACAUAUUCACAGCAUCACCAUCGCACAAUGUGACGUUUUGGGAUAUUGUGUCAUCAUCUCUAUAAGUGUUGUGUUCAUGGCUAAUUAGCAGCAUAAUUAGCUGUCACCCAACAAACCCUUCUUCACGCUACUAAAUGGGAUGUUGUCAACUAACAUUAUAUCACACAUUUGUAAAGACAAGAUAUUUCAAGCAUUUUAUUUUGUCUGCUUUGGGUUGCAAGUACCAGCAUUGUUGUUUUUCCCCCUCUUAUUUUUAUUAGAGUGCAAGAAUGCAGAAACCUAAAUCUGUUCCCUGUAGAACAUUUAUUGGCAGACAUAAUAGCGAUGAGCAGAAGACAAAUAACUGCUCUUUACACUGAUCAAGAAAUCACAUUUUAUCAAAACACUGAUAUUAUCUGAUAUUACAACUCCCAAUUUUACAAUGACAAUGGUGACAAUGACAGCAGGAUAUUUGUCCUUUGAAUCAAGUCUGCAUCCCACUCAACAGUCAAUAAAAGACACUUGGGUUAUAUAAGGUGCACUUUAAAAUGUGCUUGAACAUCAAUGUUUAUACAUGCAAAUCAAUUAAAUGUGUCACGUUAUGGACUUUUGUGUGUUGAGAUUUUGUUAAUGUCAUGUUUUUAUUUACAAGUGAAUUUACCCAUCACAUGAGCUACUUUAAUCUUUGUGCACUACUUAGAAGAGGUCAUUGAUGGAGCUUGCUGUGUGUUUGACGAAGACUUCUGUGAAUGUGUGUAAAGCAUAUGUUUGUGUGUUACAGUACAGAGAGACUCAUGAAUGUGUAUGAUAGUUGAACAUGCAAAUAAAUUGAACAAGCAGUUCUAUUAUGACAUCGAA